GUGUCCGUGGCUGAUCCCAGUUAUUCUGAUUAACCUCUAAGGUGAUUGUGAGGCCUUAAACCCUCUCACCUGUAGCCAAUCAAGCCAGCUCAAGUCAACAUCCCGGGCUGUGAACCCGCGAUAAGGUCGGAGGGGGCCUCAGUGGAGAAUAGAUGGGGAAGUUCUCUGGGGCGGGCGCAGUUUGCCGCUGAUUCUGAGAAACCGAAACUCAGCUGUUAAAACCGCUGCCUCUGCACUUUGGAAUCCCGUCCGGAGACUCGCUAAGCGUCCCAGCCGCAUCCCUCCCGCAGCGACGGCGGCCCGGGACCCGCGGGCUGUGAACCAUGUACACACGCAGCAGAGUGGUGAGCUCCGGGCUCGGCGCCUCCCCUGCCUCCCGCCCGACCCGGGACCCCCGGGGCCCUUACGGGCGGCACGGGGAGCUGGGCCCGCUGGAAGACCAGAGACAGGGUUUGCCGGCAGCCCCUGAGAGCCCUUCGCGGGAGAGCAUCGUGCACGCUGGCCAGAGACACACAAGUGCAUAUACCUUGAUAGCACCAAAUGUAAACCGGAGAAAUCAGAUACAAAGAAUUGCGGAACAGGAGCUGGCCAACCUGGAGAAGUGGAAGGAGCAGAACAGAGCUAAACCAGUUCACCUGGUGCCCAGGCGGCUAGGUGGAAGCCAGUCAGAAACUGAAGUCAGACAGAAGCAACAACUCCAGCUGAUGCAAUCUAAAUACCAGCAAAAGCUAAAAAGAGAAGAAUCUGUAAGAAUCAAGAAGGAAGCUGAAGAAGCUGAACUCCAAAAAAUGAAGGCAAUUCAGAGAGAGAAGAGCAAUAAACUGGAGGAGAAAAAAAGACUUCAAGAAAACCUUAGGAGAGAAGCAUUUAGAGAGCAUCAACAAUACAAAACCACCGAGUUCUUGAGCAAACUGAACGUAGAAUCGCCAGACAGAAGUGCCUGUCAAAGUGCUGUUUGUGGCCCACAAUCCUCAACAUGGAAACUUCCUGUCCUGCCUAGGGAUCACAGCUGGGCCAGAAGCUGGGCUUAUAGAGAUUCUCUAAGGGCUGAAGAAAAUAGAAAAUUGCAAAAGAUGAAGGAUGAACAACAUCAAAAGAGUGAAUUACUGGAACUUAAGCGGCAGCAGCAAGAGGAAGAAAGAGCCAAAGUCCACCAGACUGAACACAGGAGGGUAAAUAAUGCUUUUCUGGACCGACUCCAAGGCAAAAGUCAACCAGGUGGCCUCGAGCAAUCUGGAGGCUGUUGGAAUAUGAAUAGCGGUAACAGCUGGGGUAUAUGAGAAAAUAUUGACUCCUAUCUGGCCUUCAUCAACUGACCUCGAAAAGCCUCAUGAGAUGCUUUUUCUUAAUGUGAUUUUGUUCAGCUUCACUGUUUUUACCUUGAUUUCAACUGCCCACACACUUGACCGUGCAGUCAGGAGUGACUGGCUUCUCCCUGUCCUCAUUUAUGCGUGUUUGGAGGAGCUGAUUACUGAACUCUUGUAAUCUCUACUGCCAGGGAAAUGCUACAUUAUUUUUCUAAUUGGAAGUAUAAUUAAUGUUGGUAAGGUAGAAAAAGAGGAAGUCGCUUGAUGCUUUCAGGUUAAUCAGAGCUAUGGGUGCUACAGGCUUGUCUUUUUUUUUUUUUUUUUUUUAGCAGUUUAUUUAUAGCUCAUUUCUGGACUUAAACUCUCUGUUUCCAGAACCCCUUACAUUUUCUGCCCCAUGAAUUCUUUUUUUCUUUAUGAAAUAUUUUUUUUUCUUUUUUGUUAUACUUUAAGUUGUAGGGUACAUGUGCACAACGUGCAGGUUUGUUACAUAUGUGUACAUGUGCCGUGUUGUUGUGCUGCACCCAUUAACUCGUCACUUACAUUAGGUAUAUCUCCUAAUGCUGUCCCUAAUGCUAGCAUUAGGCUUGUCUUUCUAAGUGACACAUUCUUAUCUAAUUCUCAGAUCAGGUUUUGGAAAGCUUGGGGGUCUUUUUAGAUUUUAAUCCCUACUUUCUUAAUCUGCGGUACAAAUAUGCACAAAAGAAAAAUGUCUUAUAUUCUUUUAAACAAGUUUAUAAAUAAAUUUUGAACUACUCUUGUACAAAUCGGUCAUUUUUAUUUUUAAUGAAAAGUUAUUGGGGUUUUCUCUCUUGAAGGGCCUCCUUUUAAUUCCCCUUUCCCGGCCAUAUAGAUGAAAUAUAGUACUGUCAUGACUGUUGGCUCUUGUUUGGGUCUUGACUUACUAAUAGUGUUACCGUGAUUUUCAGAGGGGAACAGUUUAUCUCCAGAAAGGCCAAUGUUUGUAUACAAAUCAGCUAGACACAAAUAUAGACAUCAUAUGUGGUUUGUAGGUGUUUCAGAAAUUUGUUUUUUCUUUGCUCUGUGCAACCUAUUUCCUACUGCUAGUUAGUUCGCUUUCUUAUUCACUUCUGUGACCUUGAACCAGUUCACAGACCCUGGAGUGUAAGAGUAUUGAUUUUCUAUGCUGUGCACUCUAGCUUAGUCCCUCUGUCCCCUCCGCCUCACCAUCCCCCAGCCACCACAUUGUAUAGCGAAAGCAUUGUAUUCAAUCCUAGAAUAAAGGUAAACACAACAAAUCAUCUUUGCAGCUGGACAACCAAUAAUACUUUGCGGCAUUAAGAGAUCUUCUGUGUUACCAAUCACUCUGUUGAAAUGAACUUUCCAAAUCUCUUUAUUCAGGAAAACAUGGGGAUUUGAAAUUCUUGGGCCAAAAUACAUCACUGAGGGGUUCACAGAGCUGGGCAAGGGUGCGCUAGGAAAGCGCCACAUUGAUGGGUGGGAGGUGACAGAGAACAGAUGGUGUCAGGCAAUGUCUCUGGAGUAAAUAAUGCAGAUAUUCUUGGUUGCGUCUCCUCUGCCAGAUGAAGCUGUGUUCAUGCUGUUGACAUUAAUACAAAAUGUUUGGUCCAUUUGAAAUCCUUGUCAUUGCCUUAUAUGGGGGAAACUCAGUCCCCCAGCCCGUGUUGGAAACAUCACCAAACUGAUUGUCAAUGUACGGCUGUAGCAGACAUUUUACUGUGAUGGCGUGCAGCCAUUUUGGCCCUACACCUGCCGGCCUGGCUACCUUACGGUUGUGUUCGGAUUUUUGUGUCUCUGCUUGGUGUGCCUCACUUGCUGCAUUUUCCAGCAUGCAACCAGGAGUUCAUGUAGGAAAAAGGUAUGCUUUCUUACUUUGGAAGCUCUCAGGGAAGUUGGUGUCAGUUUCUCCUCCACUGCCUGACCUACCCCCCACUCCAAGAUUUUGUGCAAAUGUGUAGUUCUAUCUUUUAAAAAUUGUGCAGAUAUGGAAACUUGUGACUUCAUGACCAAAACUAUCUAGAAUAUGUGUGGGGGUGUAAGCAUCUUUCUUGAUCAAUUAUCUAUGUAGGCAGAGGUAACCAGGAAAGAAGCAAGAGUUGCUGCCUAAGGGAGCCCACCACUUUACUUUUCACAUUUAAUCUGCCAUGUUGAAUCAGCUGGAAUAAAACCUGACUCGUAGAUAACUCUGGACAGGAAAUCCCAAAGUUCCACCAUUUCUAUACUUAAUUUUAACAUCCCUUUUUUUUUUUUUUUUGUAGAAAAUAAAAACAAGAAACAGAUCAUUCCAAUGUAAGGUGUGUGUUAUAGAAACCUUAGGCAAUGCAGAUGUGUAAUAAAAUAUUUAAUAAACUUUUAAACACCUUCGUGUUUGGAUUUA